GAUUGCACAGGGGAAGUAACUUUUUUGUUUACGUUGAAAAGAGCGCGUAUCGUCUGAACUGAAUUUGAAUGACUGAAAUGCUUUGAUGGUCACCUAAUGUUAGAAUGGAAUAUUUGGUACUAUAUACACAUCAGAAAACUAAAAAAGCUAAGACUUGGCAUGAUGGAGUUCUGUCAGUGACCACUGCCAACAAGGCUGUUCUAUACGAUGAUAAGAAGACCAAGUUAGAUUCUAUGUACAUUAAACCUGAGGCUAUAGUAAAGGGAGAACAACUAGAGAGUGACAGAUAUUUUAUACUGAUAGAGGAGGAGAAAACAACAGUACAAACUAUUGUGGAACCAGUAAAACCUGUUACCUGUCCUGUCAGGGUACCAGUAAGGGCUGGUCUGAAGAGAAAAAGAACAGGGUUUGUUCCUCCCAGACUUGUAAAACAACCAGAAAAUGAAGGGAACCAACUGGUACCCCAAGAACCUAGUUCUGGUGAAACUUAUUUGGAACUUCUAAGGAAGAAAAGAGCAAGCUUUCAAAAUGGAUCAGCAAACAAUCAAGAUAAAUAUUGUUUCAAUUCAGCACCACAUAACACAGAAACACCUUUAUUUCAAGCACCAUCAAGACAGCAAUCAUUCUCAGAAAACUUUAAUUCUAUACCAAAAAUUUCAGAGCAAACAUUAGAUUGCAAAAUCUUGUCUGAUGAAAAUUCUUCUCCUCAAAGUAAUCAGUUUACACCAUGGUCAUCAUACGGAAAUAAACUUAAAUCCCUCCAUAGUCCAGGAAAGUCAUUCCUUAGUCCUGGAAAGUACCUCAAUAGUCCAGGAACAAAGCAACAGAUUUGCUCCAAAACAAAUGAGGAAAAAUUUAGAAAAGAGUUGUCUCCUUCUAUGGAUGACAAUGAAAAAUGCUCACAAUCUCCUGACCAUAAAAAUGUUUGUUUGCCAACAAAAAAUAUAAUAUCAGAAAAUACAAACUUCAUACAAAAUGAUAUUAGGGGUAGUACUGAUAUAAACAAAUGCAAGAUGUCAGCAAGUGGAGGAACAAAGUCAUGUGAUGAAACUACGUUAGAGGAGCAAAAUUCUAAAAGAUCGAUGACACAAAUAAUGGCAUUGCUUGGAAAGAAUAAGUCUUUACCUUCAACUUUGUCACAUGAUAUGGAAAUUAACAAUGGAAAUAACAGAUCUACUAUAUCAAAUUUGUCACAUGUAAUGGAACCAAACAAAGAGAAAGUGGAAUAUUCCAACUCAAAUAGCAUGAAAAUUCAGAGUAAUAACAUGUACAUUGAAGAAAAUACAGUUAUUAGUGACAUCAUUCAUCAGAAACAUAAUAAAAAUGAGAAAGAAGGAUUGGAAUUUAAUCAUUCAGAAAUUACAAUAAGUAAAAUGUCACCUAAUUAUAAUGAACAAGUAUCUAUAGAAGAUCAGGACAACACACUGAAUGAUUCUGUCAGAUCAAGUCAGGAAUGGAGUUCUAUAAAAAUAGAGUUAUCUCCACUUACACCUAAUGUUAUUUUAGAAAAUCAAGAGAGAACAGAAAAAGAAAUAGGAUUUGGGUUGAAAGAUGAAAUUGAUCUAAAUAAUAUGGACUUUUCCACUUGUGCUAAACAAGUGGCACAAGAUGGCUGUAAGACGGGGAAUUUAUCAAAUAAUAGUUCUGAGGUAUUGUCCUCAUUCCAUGAAAGCUCUGAAGUUCCACUUUAUAAUAAGCUACCAUCUAAAACUACAUUGCAAGGUUGUAAUAAAACAAAGUCAAGUCAAGGUGAACAAGACAAAAGAAAUGAUAUUUUACAUGGUAGUUCUGAACUUGAUAAGAAUGAUCUUUUUACAAUGGAGGAUGAACAUAUGUCGGAUGAAAAUGAUGAUCUUGCUGUGAGCUUUGAUAUUAAUUUCUCUCCCCUUUCUUAUGUGUCUGAUUCUGACUCUAUGAUUGAUACUGCUGGGGGACAGUCAACUGUAGGUAAUACAACAGACUUGUCUCAGCCAGAAACUGCAGUGGUAUUUGACGAUGGUAAAUAUUCUAAACUGGAAAAUAAUAGUACAAAUUUUUGUAAAGUUAACAACCUCAAUGAAAUUAUUAUGAAAGAACAGUUUAUUGGUAAAAUGGAUGAAACUUUAAGUAACUUAACGAAAAACAUCUUUGAUGAUUCUUAUAAAAAUAGUAAUCCUACUGAAAGCAGAGAAAACACAAACAUGAUUCCAAAUGGGUGUUGUCCUAAAUAUACUGAAAACACAGACAUAAACAUUGAUGACCAACCAAAAUUUCAUUUAGUAUCAGCAGUGACCAAUAAUAUACACCAUGACAAUACUGAUAUACAGGAAUUUUCCAAAUCAGUUGAGGAUAAUUCAUCUUUGCAUCACAGUGUUGAUUCAGAUAUGAAGCAGGAAGAAAAUAAAUGUGCCACAAUAAAUGAGGAUGAAGCAAAAAGUAGCAUAAACAUUACAAAAGUGGAGGAUAAUUCUGAACUAUCACCUACGGAACAGGAUCUAUCUAAAAGUGUAAAUGAGAAAGAUCCUGUCAACAAUGAAAUUACAUGUAAACAGAACAUUCAAACAGAUACCUUCUCCCAGGAAGAGGAUUUCAAAAGUAUGAGUGAUUGUGACAUUCUGACAGAAAAUAGUGAAACAACAGAAAAAUACAUUCAAGAUCAGUCUUCUUCAGUUUAUCCAUCUAAUAUUCCAAAUGAAGUCAGUCUUUCUCAGAAUGAUCUCAGUGUACAAUCUUUUGGAGAACAAACCAAUGGUUCUGUUGGGAAGGAAAGUCAAAGGAUAAAUUGUAAUUCUGCUAAAGAUUUACAGACAGACAAAGAAUGUGAAUUUGGACAAAAAGAUACACCAUUAGACAGACACUUUCCUGUUAAAUCUUUAAAUGAUUUGAAUUUUUCUCCUGAUUCAUUUCAUUUAUCAGAUGAAAGUAUACGUACAAGUCAGAAUACAUGUACACAAAAAAGUUUUAUCAGAGAUUCUGCAUUAUAUUUAUCACAAAAUAUCAGUGAAAGGAAUUCAUUUCCGGAAAAUCAGCCGUAUCAAGAAAAGAUUACUGAAAAUAAGAAUAACUUUAACCAUUCCAAUGAUAAUAUAAAUCUUGCAACAAAAAAUUGUCAACAGAUUUGUGGGAAAAUUAAUUUGACUUCAGAAUCUGCAAGCAGUUUAAAAUCAUCAGAUAAUGUUGGGACUUUUCAACAACAGAAUCUAUAUGUACAGGACAAUAUAUACAUGUUAAAUGAUACAUGGGAAUCAGUAGAUCAGAACAGAAGUGUACAGGAGUGUAGUGAAAAAGAAUAUUACAUCACUGAUAAUAUCUCACAAACAAGUGACAAGGGAGAUAAUUUGUCAAAAAGUAGUACACUUGUCACAGCUUUAACAGACAGUCAGUGCCAGUCAGACAAUUAUAAUAAUGAAUCAGAAUUUGGGAGUCAGUUUGAAAAUAAAAACCAAUUAAAUCAUUCAAGGGACUGGAGAAAACAAGGAAAAUAUGAGAUGUUGGGGAGUGAGAACUUAGAAAGGGGAGAUAACUCACAAACCUGUAGGAAUAACUUUGUAAGGGAAAAUUUCACUUCAGAAUCGAAAAACUUUAUGAAUGAAGAAUACACUCCAGAUUAUAGUAAGAACUCUAUAAAUGAUGAUUAUAUGGAAAGCUCUGCAAGAGGACAUUACUUUGCGGACUGCAACUUUAAAAGGAAAGAUUUCUCCUUAGAAGAAACUUUUUCCAGAAAUAAAAUGAACAAGAUGGAACCUUUAGUUCAAGGUCAAAGUGACAAUACCUUACAACAUCCAGAUGAUAUUUUUGCCAAGAAAAACCAAAUGAUGAUAAGACCAAACCAUGAAGGUAGUGAAGAUGUACCUGUAAAUUGUCAGAUCCAGAAUCAAAGUGACUUGAGAUGUACUGCCUCAGAGAAACUAGAGAGUUAUACAAUGAAAGGGAGUGUAACAAGUGGUGCAGUCAGAAGGAAAGAAAAUCAAGGUGAGUAUACACAUAAACCCCUCCCCCUUCUGUCCUGGUAUCCUACCCCUGACUGGGAGACACAGGAGAGUUAUACAAUGAAAGGGAGUGUAACAAGUGGUGCAGUCAGAAGGAAAGAAAAUCAAGGUAAAUAUACACAUAAACCCCUCCCCCUUGUGUCCUGGUAUCCCCCCCCUGACUGGGAGACACAGGAGAGUUAUACAAUGAAAGGGAGUGUAACAAGUGGUGCAGUCAGAAGGAAAGAAAAUCAAGGUGAGUAUACACAUAAACCCCUCCCCCUUGUGUCCUGGUAUCCUACCCCUGACUGGGAGACACAGGAGAGUUAUACAAUGAGAGGGAGUGUAACAAGUGGUGCAGUCAGAAGGAAAGAAAAUCAAGACUGGGAGACACAGGAGAGUUAUACAAUGAAAGGGAGUGUAACAAGUGGUGCAGUCAGAAGGAAAGACAAUCAAGGUGAGUAUACACAUUAA